AUGUUUGCCGUAAACACUCGCCGCUUAUUACGUUUAGGUACAAAAGUUUUUGUACGAGAAAUUAGGCAAAGGAGGUUACCAGGACCAAACCCUGGUUUAGAUAAUCGAUUAGAAGAAUUUAGAAAAGGUGGUAUCAAGGUUACGGAUGAUGAUGCUGAAGAAUUUAUUGAGAAAUCAGACAGUACCUUUUUUGAUGUGGGUCAAGCAUACAAUGAACAUUUUAACGAGACCUUGAUUGGAAAAUAUAAAUUAAGACAUCAAAUUGUAAAGGAAAGAUAUUUUAAAGAGAACAUGCCAAAUUUGUUAACCUGGAGUGAAAAAGAACAGAUUCGACAUUUAGCUACCACUAUGCCUGAUGAAUGGACUCCGCAAAAAAUUGCUGAAAGCUUCCCAGUUACAGAAGCUGUUGUUAAGAAACUACUCAAAUUUCCAUGGAAACCAGCCACAGAGCAAAGAAUUUCUAGACAUGAUGCUUCCGCGAUGAGGAAUUGGAGAGAACUAAAGGAGGGUACUCUAGAUAUACCAGAAAACUUAAGACAACAUUUUCUUAAAUUCUCUGAAAGGACAAUACCACCCUUGAAAAAAUCUAGUAUUAAAAUUGAUGUGACUCAAGAGGAGAAAAUGGGUGAGUUUGAGAGAAUUAUUAAAAAAUGUGCCUCUGAAGGCCACAGUGAAAAUGAAAAUCAAACGGAAAACGAAACUAAUGUUCAUAAUAACACAGAAAAAGUAAAGAAAGAUAGCAAAAAGCUCACUUUAGAUGAAUUAAGUAGUAAAAUUAAAAGUAGAUUAGAGAAAGGGAAAAAUGUUGAUCUACCCGAUCAACUUAUUAUUAGCUCAGUGUCAGAUGUUUCCAAGGCAAAACCUAAUAUAAGCCAGGACAUCGAACUAAGUAAUAUUGAUGAAAGUAAAUUAAGUGAGGUGACAGAUGUAAAAGAGGACUCAAAGAAGUUAGAAGUUUUAUCUGGCACCAAUUAUCCUGAAAGGAUAAGAAUUCCUAAAAAAGCCUACAAAAAAAAUGCUACUUUUAAGGUUAAUGACUGUUUCUACGAUCAUGAUGGAAGAUUUUUGUAUAGAGUUAUAGGAAUGACUGAAAAUUAA